AUUGUGCAAACGAGUCUUCGUUUGCACAAUUGUGCAAACGAAGACUCGUUUGCACAAUUGGUUGAUGAAUUGGUUGAACACGUAUAUACCGAGAUUCACCCCAUGCGAGGGGGUAUACAGUAUAGGUGUAAAGUAAUAUGUAAUUGGAUGGAUUCCGCGUGGAAGGCUUUCGAACAACGAAAUUUUGGCAAGGAAAUGUUAACCAUUUUACGUUCCGUCACUAUGAAAGUAUCGGACAAAAUGCUGGAAAACAGGGAAAAUCCCGACAAAUUUAUGGAAGACUUUUUAGAUGAAUUGUACAGUGAUCCAAGCACUAGGUUUCAGGAAUAUUUUGAAAACAUAGAAUACGACGAUGAAAUAAUUACAUCUACUAACGACAAUUGCCUGCCGUCUAAAUCUGAAAUCCAUAAAUUAAACGACGAAACCAGCGAGCGCAUGAAACGUUUCACGGAAUGUGACCAAUCUAAAUCUAAAUUUGGACUGUACAUUGCAACGGCAUCAUCUCUUCUCGCAAUGAGGAUAAUGUUACAAAGGCACCCCGAUAUGUACGCGCCCGUCAUGGACAAGGCAACCGUUUGUACAUCCGAAAACGACGACGGUGGUCCUGUCGUUUUCGUUAAAAACGAAAUAACGUGGGAUCAACUGGUGUGGACCAUGUUAAUCGAAAUAUUUGGCUCGUCCGAACAAGCACGACUCGUGUUGGAAUUUUUAGCUCUCGGUUUAUCCACGGAUAGCAAUGGACGUUUAGUAAUGUUCAUGCACGGGGAGGCGGUUAAUGGAAAAUCAAUGUUUAUAGGUAUUCUUAACUACAUUUUUGGAAAAAAGAGCAAUCUCGUACGUACUCUUCCUGCAAACUUUUUCACUUCGAAAUCGGAUAAUCGAAUGGAUGCUACUUUUCGUUCAAACGCGGAAGAAAUUCGAUUUGCAAUCGAGAACGAAAUUCCGAUAUUAGACAUGGACGAAGGCGGACGGCGCAAAUUUAAACAAUUUACCGGAGGUGAUCGAGUCUCUAGUAGACAACCUUACGAUCGAUGUAACAAUGAUUUUCGUAUUUCUGCAAAGUUUGUCACCUCUUCAAAUGACAUGCCAUAUAUUUCGAGUACCAUGUUAGCCGAACAGAGCAGACUCAUGAUCAUUCCAACCGUAUCUACAUUCAUUGCCGGCAAAGUAAUGCUUAGAAAACAAUUAUUGCAACAUUUGGCUGCCGAUAGAUAUUGUAGACGCUUGUAUGGAACGGCAUAUCCUUCCUUCAAGGGAUUAUACACCAUAGAAAUGAACAAAUAUGCAAACGUUAUGACAAAACAGACUUUGACUAAUUUAAAUGCACGCAACACUUUAUUUCCUAUGCAUUACAAUAAUAUUUUAAACCAAGGAUUUCCUUGUGACAUCAUUGAGGUACCGAAAGGAAUUCCUACACAGAGGUGGCUCCUCGGUAAUCCACUACUCAUGCACGAAGAGGUUCAGGAGAAAAUGGGGGCUGCAUUGUGUCGAAUCCUUUUAGAUCAUAUCGUACCGUCAAUGGGGGGUCUAAAGAAUACAGCAGUAACAGUUCAGAAAAUGGAGAAUUACGUACGAGAAAAUGUUAAUUUAUUUGGAAGUUAUAAAGAUGUCAUGCUGAUAUUGUUGAAGAGGUUGAUCGUAUAUAGGAAGGGUGAGUGUAUCGACGUGGAUUCUCUGCGUGCAAUCGUAGUUCAAGAGAUGUCCGUGAUGAAGUCUAAUAUACGAAGUGUAAUGUUUGGUAAAUACAAAGGGGCUGGAUCGGAGGCUUUUAGUAAAGUAGAUAAUGCUUGUAAAACUAUAAAUGGAUUUUGUAAUAUGUUGGUAAAGUGUAAUUUCAAUUUGACUAAGAGAGAUCACUGCAUAACGCUAAACGAUUUCCAGUUAGUCCAUCUCUUUAUAAAUGAAAGAAACAAAAUUGAAAUAUCUCCAAUUGAAGGAAUGUUAAAUAUCGACGAUCUCAAAACGUAUCUAACACCUGAAAAUAUAUUUACUGGACCUGACGAAUCGGACACCGUUGAUGCUAGGAAAACGUGUUUAAAACCACCCAUUGUAAUGUCCGAUUUUGUAUAUGGAUCGUUCGGGGACGAUGAAGAUGCACAUACAGGUAACGAAACUGAAUUGGACGUUGGUGGACCGCGUGUUGAAGGAACGAACUACUUCAGUACAUUGUCUAAAAAUUCAAUGUGGGGAAUAAUAGAUGCAAGGCAUGCCGAUUUUUAAAAGAAAAAAAAACAUAUUUAAUUAUUAUUACGACGAGGGUUAAUCAGUCUGCUAUAAUGUAGCAAUAGGGCAUUACUUGGGAACUGUCCGAGGUGCAAUUCAAUUAUUGUAGGAGCAUUCACCCCACAGAUUUCUUGCAAUUGUAUAAAUAUAUUGCGUAAGUUGUAACCACCAAUAUAUACGUUUGAAACCUCUUUAAAUGCGUCUAAAUAAAUAUGAAUCAUCUUCAAUGGCGAACGCAAAUACAUUUUUGUGCUACGUUCCCUAAUGCGAAUGAUUUCAUUAUAUCUUGUCGAAUGUAAACGUGUAUUCCUUUCCUUAUCACGCAGUUGUGCCAAUGCAUGUGACAAUAAAUUAAUAGGAAGAUACCCCAAACCGUUUUUGUCAUUUUUUAGUGCCAUGAGUAGUCUUUUGAAUAAUAUUGGAUUUCUAAAGAAUAACGAAUGCCAAAAAAGUAUUUUUUGAUUCUGGUAAUUCGAGCGAGUGAGA